AGGUACUUUCUGGCGAAUUAUCUCCUUUAUUAUUCAAUGGAUCCUGGGCGAGUAGCCACCAUAUAUGUUUUCUAGACACUUGGGGUGGCAUUUCUUUGUUAGAUGUUUCUAACAUCAAAUCGAAAAAUUUAAUACUGAUGCAUAAUGAGACAUUUAGACGAUUGAACCCAGUAAAAUUCUCUUUAUCGCCGGAUCGUCGAUUCUUACUUCUUGCUCAAAAUGUGAAAAAACUAUUUCGUUACUCAUACUUAGCUCAAUAUGUCGUUUAUAACAUCGAUUCACGAGAGUGCAUAGCUUUAACACCUUAUCCUGAGAAAAAUAGUCAUCCAUAUCUUCUACUAGCACAAUGGACUCCACGUGGACAUGGACUCGUCAUGGUACAAGACUAUGAUAUUUAUUAUACAACAAGUCCUACUAGCAAUACUGCAUAUCGUGUAACAAACACUGCAGUGCCUGGUAUAGUGUCCAAUGGCAUACCAGAUUGGUUGUAUGAAGAGGAAAUCUUGCACAGUGGAGAGGCAAUUUGGAUGUCGCCAGAUGGUCAUAUGAUGCUUUAUGCCUCGUUCAAUGAUUCUCUUGUAGAAGAAAUGCACAUUUCAUGGUUUGGAGAAGGAAAAAAAGCUUUAUAUCCUGAUAUACGAUCUCUACGGUAUCCCAAGCCAGGAACACCAAAUCCUUCCGUACGACUGUAUGUUGCCGAUUUAGUUGACCCGAAAAAUAUUCGUACGAAAAUAGUGAAACCACCAAAAGACAUUGAACAAGCGUGAGUUAAUUAAUUUCAUUAAGAGUAAAUAUUGUUCAUGUUGCAUAGUGUUAUUUGUUACUUUGCAAUUCAGUACAUCUUAUGCAAAGAUAGAGAUCAUUAACCCUAGAACCGUAAAAAGGAUACAUUUGUAUCCCCAACGAAUUUUUAAAUUACGUUUUUAAGCUAAUUUUUUGGCUCGGAACUCGACCCAUAAUUCACUUUCAUUAUCUGGGAUUGGGAUUAGGCCGGCCGGCGAUUUACGUCAGUCAGUUGCUAGCUACCGAAUUAUAGACAUUUAAAGUUUGCUUGGGGAACAUUUGUACCCUUUUUUCGGUUAGUGUAUAAAUUUUGUGCAGGUAAGUCAAUUUCGUUUGCUUUGUUAACAGUAGUAUAAUUCAUGUAUAAUUACAUAAUUUAAAGGUUUCGAGUCUUAUAAAUUAAUUUGUUCUAUAAUUCUCGAAUUUUAUGGGUAAAAUCAAUCGAAAUAAAAUAAAAGAAGAGCUACAGAGCCAAGACCAGAUGAAAUUGCAAAGUGAUAUAUAUUAUAUAGAUACAUAAAUACAAAAAGAUAUAUACAAUGAUUUCACGGACGUUUCGACUUUAAAUGGACGAUCAUUUUCAAUGGUAAAUUACAAAUAAAAAUCCUCAUACAACUUACAAAAAUCGCUACAUAGAAUAUAAUUUAGAAUGCAGUACGCAUAGUAAAUCUUUCUUGUGAUUGCACUUUAUAUUUAUGAUUAUUAGAGAUAGAUUAAAGUGUCUGCUUUUUAAAAUUCGUAAAACAUCGGAUGAUAGGAAUAAUCCCCCUCCGAUCGAUAACAAAAAAUUACUUAUUGUCCCGUACAUCAAUUCGGUAUCUGAGAAAUUUUCCUCAAUUCCCAAAAAACUUAACAGCCAAAUAUUUUAUACGAUACCUCACACACUAAUCAGAAGAUUUAUAACAACGGGUAAAGACAUCCUAGAUAAAGUGUUGUGUGAUGUAGUAUAUAAGAUAAAUUGUCUCAAUUGUGACGCGAGAAUUACGUUGGUCAAACCAAACGUCGACAACUGAAAAAAAGGGUUCAAGAACAUAGAUUAGAUAUUAAUAAACGAAGUGGCUCAUCCUCAAUGACCUCAGGACAUCGCGGUUAUCGGAAAAUCAUGAAUUUGGACCAUGGUACAAAUUUUUAUUUUAGAUAAAGAACCGUUCGAUGUAAAAAGAAGUAUAUCAGAAAUGGUAUACAUUAAAAAAAAUCAAGAGGUUUGAAUAAACAAAGUGAUACCGUAUUCCUUUCUAACAUAUACCUUCCUGUGUUAGAUCUCUUCUCUCCUAAAUAGCUACCAUCUCUCCUUUCCAUCCCUACUCCUUCCUCUCUCCCUCCACUUUCCUUUCCAUGUACUUAUUUCACAUAGUCCCUGUAUGAUCAUUUUCAACCGUAAUAUAAACCUAUUAAAAUUCCUCUUGCAGGAGAUGUGUUUAUAUUAACGAUUUAACAUGUAAGAUAUUAAUUUUUUUUUAUUGUAUUUAAAAAUUUUAUAAGAUUGACUUAC